GCAGACGCAAUAUAAACUUCUGGUAUGAAUGAGCACGAUUCUUUGCGCUGAAUGCAGAAGCAGGGUCGCUCUACUUUUUGGCAACUCUAUGGUGAAAGCUCUAGGCACUGUGCAUUGGAAAACAGAGUGGAAAACCAUUGUAUACCGGAAGUGUCUGUGAGGACUGCGUGGGAACGGUAGCCCUUUGAUUGCUUCCUUGCAGCAUGGUGGAAAAGAAAAUCUCAGCUUUCUUUUUUAUCUAGCCCGGCAUUUCUGUUCUGACAAUGGACAAGCAGAGGCCCACGGGAAACCUACACGCACGAUCACGGUCCCAGGACCCCAGCCAGAGGCGUAUCUUAGACCGGGCCACCCGGCAGCGCCGCCUCAACCGCCAGUUGGAGGCGCUAGAGAACGACAACUUCCAGGAUGAUCCUCACGCCAACAUGCCCCAGCUGGUGAAGCGCCUGCCUCAGUUUGACGACGAUGCUGAAACGGGGAAAAAAAAGAAGAAAACCCGCGGGGAUCAUUUCAAGUUGCGCUUCCGCAAGAAUUUCCAAGCUUUGCUCGAGGAACAGAACCUGAAUGUGAGUGAUGGACCCAACUACCUGACUGCGUGUGCGCCCCCUUCCAAUCUGCCCCAGCGACACUUCUGCACCGUCUGUGGCUUCCCAUCAAACUACACGUGUGUCUCCUGUGGGGCCCGCUACUGUUGCGUCAAAUGUUUGGGGACGCACCAUGAAACUCGGUGCCUGAAGUGGACGGUUUGAAACAUGCCCCGAAGAACUGCAGAGCAUUGGGUUAUGUGUGGAAGGACCUUGAGGCCUGCCUGUUUCCUUAGGAUGCGUUGGGCUGAGCUCUGUCUUGCAGGUUCUCAGAGCUUUCCUGGAAAGAGGUUGCUUGCCUUGCACCUGACUGUCACUAGUGCUUUUUGAGCAUUAAAACAUGUUGAGGUUGUUA